AGAGUAUUCUUGCACAAGACGAUGGCGGUACAACCCCCAAGUGGUUCCCGCGAUUGCUCUCGCAUCUGAGUUAUCUCGGCAUUGGCUUCGAAGUCGUCUGUUUCCAGUCUUCUCCGGUGCUCCUACGGUUGCCAAAGCAUCCGCAUUUGCCUACUCACGAGGUUUUGAAGGGCAGGACUUGAAUGAUCGGGCCAGGAGUGCGAUUAGCAACUAUGUCUUCUCGCCGAUUCUCCAUGAUCUUGCUUCUGCUUCUAGCGGGGGUGUUCAUUUCUGGUUUGGAACAAGUAAAUGCUGAUAAAAAGGUGGUUGCUACAGCUAGAAAGGAAGACAUCCCAUUAAUCAAAUGUAGUGUGUGUGAAGUCAUAGCUAAGCAAUUGGUGCGUCAAGUCAAGGAUAAGCGUGAGAAAGCCGCUCCUCGAAAGAUCACGGAACUUGAGAUUAUCGAUGUCGCGGAGAAUAUCUGCAACAUGAAAAAAGAAGAAAGUGACUGGAUUUUGAAGCUCGACAUUGUGGAGAAAGGGGACAAGCUUCAGCUGGUAGAGCAACAGGAGGAAGGUGUUUGCAACACAGAGUGCAAAACUAUUGAACGAGCUUGCCGAGAGGUUAUGGGAGAUCAUGACACGGAUCUAGCAGAAUAUCUUUACAAAGCUGGGGCAACACGAGCUGGCUUGACGAAACUGCUCUGCAAGGAUUUGAGUAAAGCCUGUGUAGGGAAAACACCCCGUGUGCCCAAGGAUAGAGUACCAGGAGAAGCUUUUACUCCAAAAGGAGGCAAGGAAGCUGAAAUGGAGAAGCUCAUGCGCUCUCUCAAUGACGUGCCAGGAGCACCUUCGAUGAAAAUGUUCUCCAGGGAGGAACUUCAAAAGAAUCCCGGUUUAAUGGGUGGUGGCCGCGGCUCUGAUGACCCUGAUGCCGAGGAUGAGGAAGAGGACGAGGACGAGGACGAGGGUGAAACUGACGCUAAGACGAGUCAGGUGAAAAAACCAUUGGUGAAAACAUGGGGAGACUCUGUUUCUAAACUUAGUAAUGAAGUCGGAGCCCGCACUCAAAAGGCCAUUCGAACUGCGUCGAAAAGUGUGAACAAAGCAAUGCGAACCAUUAGCAGUUGGUGGAACGGCAAGAAGCCAGCUAGAAAGGCUGCCCCAUCAUCUGGUGCUAGGCAGAAGGCAAGUUCACAUGGGGAGCUGUAAUAUUCUCCCUUCGUUACUUUUUUAGCCUUAGCAUUGCAUUCACGAAGUUAGCGAGAAAAAAUUUAGCACUACAUGUCCAAAACAAAAGUACAAAUUUAACUGUCAUGUUUACUGUCUGCUUAGUAAUGAUUCAUUAUGGAAGAGACUAUGAAUAAGCAGAGUGGAGAUAAGAAGAGGAAGCAAACAAAUAAAGGUUGAGACUACAGAUUGGAGCAUCACCUUCUUUGCUUGUGUCCUGCAAUGACCAUCGCUUCUGAUGGUGUUGCUGAAGCAACGACUACAGAACCAUCUCAAUUAUCAUAAGUACCACAAGGUUGAGGUCGUCAUUAAUUACGUCAAGUUUUACUCGAAAAAUUUCGCAUCAUUCUGGGUCUCGUUAAACCAGAGAUCCACUAAACCAGUAUUAGUUCAAAAUAAAUACUUUUUUUUGUCA